CAGACUGGUCCCUGCAACUGGGAGUGAAGAGGUCCUGAGAGCUCCUUUUUGGCAGCAAGACCUCUGGAAUGUUCUUGAGGCUGGCUGGAAGGCAGAGGUAAACUCUGGGGUCCUCAUCCCCACCAUGUCACAGGUGAUAGCCAGCCCCCUGCUGGCGGGAGCCCAUGCAGUCCGCAUGGCUCCCCACGAGGAACCCCACAGGGCCCUGCACCCAGCCCCCAGCCGUGGCCUGCCACCCCAGUGCCCUUACUACACCACAGAAGGCUGGGGAGCCCAGGCUUUCAUGGCUCCCCUGUCCUGCAAGGGGGCCCCCAGCAGCCCUCCGCAGGCCCCACAGGCUGGGGGCAAGACCGAAGGCCUUCUGCAGGCCCCCAGGGAGCAGACUUCAGGGGGCCCAGAGGACCUUGCUUCCUGUAUUGACUUCUCGCUGGAGAGCCUCCACCAGAUGAUCCUGGAACUGGACCCCACCUUCCAGCUGCUUCCAGCGCGGGCUGCUGGGCCCCCGGCUGAGCCUGCCCAGAGCUCAGCCCUGAGAGAGAAGGAGGAGCCCGAAGCCUUGGAUAUAAAGUACAUCGAGGUGACUUCCACCAGAUCGAGGUGCCACGAUGGUUCCCAGCGCUGCUCCAGCCUGUCGGUCACCCCGCCCUUCGGCUCCCCACGCAACGGCGGCCUCCUCCUUUCCAGAGACGUUCCCCGAGAGACCCGGAGCAGCAGCGAGAGCCUCAUCUUCUCCGGGAGCCAGGGCAGGGGAUACCAGCGUCCCCUUCCUCAUCCCUCACAUCCCCCUAGCACCUCCAUCCCUUGCCCGGGGAGCAAGGCCCUGAGCCCUCGGGGCUUGGGCUCACCACUGGAGGCUUCCCCAGGCCUGGAGAAGGGUCCCCGGGGCCCAAGCCCACAGCGGGGCAGCGAGGCCUCAGUGCUGUCAGCCAGCCCAGGGUCUGACGUCAGCUACCUGUUUGGAAGCACUCAGUCCCUCCUCCACUCCAGCAUUGCCAGUCAUCAGUCCUCUUGUCGAUCCUCGGAAAGCCCAGCCAGUUCCUCCUCUAGCCUACACAACCUUGGCCCAGCAUCCCUGUGUGCGAGACCCAGCGACUUCCACCUCCCCGGUAACCCCACCCCAAGUGUGGGCCAGCCCAGGGCAACCCACUCCCCAUCACUGGCCAAGCAGCAUGCCAGCAGCUGCCCACCAUCCAUCACCAACUCCAUGGUGGACAUACCCAUCGUGCUGAUCAACGGCUGCCCAGAACCAGGGUCUCCCCCAACCCAGCGGACACCCCCAGGACCCCAGAGCUCUGUGCGACCCGGGGCUGCUUUUUCCAACCACCCCUGCCCAGCUGCUGAGAGCCCUAGCCAGACCCUGCCAGAUGUCUCUCUCUCCACAACCCUGGAAGGUUCCUCCAGGGACAUGCAGCCCACCAUGAAGUUUGUGAUGGAUACAUCCAAGUACUGGUUCAAGCCCAGCCUCAGCCGAGAGCAAGCAAUCGAGCUGCUGAGCAAAGAGGAGCCGGGGACAUUCAUCGUGAGAGACAGUUGUUCCUACCAAGGCUCCUUCGGCCUUGCCUUGAAGGUACCAGAAGGCCCUGCAUCUGCCCAGACCCGACCAGGCGAGGACAGUAGUGACGUCAUCCGGCACUUCCUCAUCGAGUCUUCCGCCAAAGGGGUGCAUCUCAAAGGAGCUGAGGAGGAGCCCUACUUUGGGAGCCUCUCCGCCUUUGUGUGCCAGCACACCAUCCUGGCCCUGGCCCUGCCCUGCAAGCUCACCAUCCCGCAGAAAGAACUGGGAGGUGGAGCCUCCGCCCGGGACCUCACUGCAGACAGCCCGGCCUCCGGUCUGAAGACAGCUGUGGGCUGCCACGCGCUGUUCCUGAGCUCUGUGGGUGUGGAGACCCUGACUGGAGCCAUGGCAGUGCAGAAGGCCAUCUCAGCCACCUUUGAGAGGGACGUCCUCCCCACACCCACCGUGGUCCACUUCAAAGUCACCGAGCAGGGCAUCACCCUGACGGAUGUCCAGAGGAAGGUGUUUUUCCGGCGUCAUUAUCCCCUCACCACCCUCCGCUUCUGUGGCAUGGACCCUGAGCAACGGAAGUGGCAGAAGUAUUGCAAGCCCUCCUGGAUCUUUGGGUUCGUGGCCAAGAGCCAGACGGAGGCCCAGGAGAACGUGUGCCACCUGUUUGCGGAGUACGACGCGGCGCGGCCAGCAUCCCAGGUCAUCCAGGUGGUGGGUGCUCUGCUGCAGGACACGGAAAGGAUGUCGGCGUAGGGGCUGCCUGUGCGCCUUCCUGGCAGCCCACCCUCACCUCUGAUUAGGGGCCUUGCGGCCAUGCUUACAGACCCGUCUGCUGGGCCGGAGGGAGAGAGCAGGGCACAGCUGAAGCCCGCAGACCCACUGUGACCUUCCUCAGGGCUUCGGGCAGGGCCUGCCGUUCCUACCCUGGAAAAGGCAUUGUCUUCCUGUCAAACCUUGAAGGUCCUGAAGCACCCCCACCUCUGAGAACCUUGGAUGACAAGAGCCCCUGAGGAUCCUCA